UAUCAGAGCUCCAUCCAUCACAGCAUCCAUCCACACACAGGCAGGCCUGCCCUCUCCUUCACCCAGGAUUAUCUCCUCAAAGUCAGACAUGGACAAUGCUCCUGCCAACGCAAUUGUGCUGGAAUUUACAGAAGACCCCGCGCUGACCGAGAUGAUGCGUCUCCGCGUGUCGUCUUUGCAGAAAACGGGGCAGAAGCGUCAGGACGGCGAGCGUCUCCUUCUCCCUCAUGAGUUCGUGUAUCGGCUGGAUUUCAACAAUCAGGAGCUGAACUUCUCACGCUGGUACUUCUCCUUAACCGGCCACGGUCGCGUCACCAUCACAGGCAUUUGCCAACUCUGGACCCCCGACCUCACCAACCUGAUGACCCGCCAGCUACUGGAGCCCAUCGGAACAUUUUGGCGGAACGCUAACGACCCCGAGGAUUCCCCGCUCAAAUGGCUGGAGGCGGAUAUGCUGGAGUUCGGCGAAAGGAUUGCUGAGCUGGCAAAGGUCAGGAAGGUUAUGUACUUCCUGUUGGCUUUGAAGGAUGGAGCGGAGGCAGCCAAUCUUAGCUGCUCCCUGGAGUUCACUCCAGAGAAAUGACUUUUUUACUUCUUGUCAGUAGAAUCCAUGUAGAGUGCAAUAUUUUGUUCAAUCUUUGACCUUUAAAAGCCUCAAACUAGAGCUGAGUGAGUCAAAGAAAAAUCCAAAUUCACUCAGAUAUCAAAGUCAUAGUCACAAAUCUGCAAACUUUAUACAAAUUUCAUGAUUGUUGGCUUUAAAAGUUUAGCACAAAUAGUAUGUUUUUAAUUUCCCCUAUAUGAGCUCGGUCAAAGUUUUUGAAGGACUUCUGGCACACGAGCUUUGAAGAAAGUAUUUCUCACAAAACAGGGCACACUUUUUAAGUUAAGACCACACAGUCCUGAGAUAGAACAAAUAUGAACGCGCUUCAUUUAGUCUUUGUUUAAAAGUAAAAAAAGUAAAAGUAAAGUUUUGGUUCCUGGUGCUCCUCAGAAGAUCAAAAUCUUAAAAUCAACAACAGAACAAAUGUUAAGGAUUGUAUUAAAAGGUUUCCACUGACAAGAGUUUUCUUCACAUGAUAUAAAACAAAUGAGUAAGUUUUUUAUAACUCAUCACAAAUUAAAAUGUUGAAUAAGAUCACCUUUUGAAUACAAAAACUUUGAACUACAAUCCAAAUAUUCCUCUUGUAAAUAAAUCAUCCCUUCACCGCUCAGCUGGAUAUUGUGAUGAAACGUGUGUUUAAAGAGUGACUUGUUCUUAGAGCUGUUGUUUCCGUCGAUGUUGUUGUGUUUUGUUUAGGAGUUCUUUUCAUCCCUCAUCGAGUAUCAGAUAGAUGCAGAACGAGUGGCUGUGAGUGGAAUAUCAAAUAUUCACGUUGCAUGACUGUCGGCCUGACACAAAACAGAGA